CAGACUUGUGUUGAUCUCAUUUGAGAACAGCGGUAGGGUCUAUGCUUCGCUCGCGCUUGCCCUCCAAAUCGCGAUAUUUCUUUCGAAGCAUUAAACCAGUGUUUCCUAUGUAUUUAAGAAGUUAGCCAGAAUGAACAAUGCACUCCUUUGCCUUCUUCGAUGGAGCGCCAUUGUCGCAUUUUGUCAAGGCUCUGAAAAAGCGCCAGUAAGCAAGUAUGUGCCAUCUUCUCUGCGCCAUUGGGCGUCUCACUUUACAAUAGAUCUAAACGUGAUAAUUGAUACCGUGCUUGCCGCACGCUUGAAGAAAGAAGGCAUAGAGGCUGGUCAACAUGUAAAAGAGCUCAUAUGCAAGGUGAAUGAAAUGCUCAAACAACUUGUGCCUCCUGGCUCUGUUAACUUAACGAAACUUGCCCAAACUACAGCGGGAGAAGAAGAGAUCUACUUGGAAUUAUGGCCAGACGGGAAAGUAAAAAGUGAAGCAACACUUCGGAGUUACAUAAAACACAUCAAUAUGCGUACACAGCUGUGGAACACAGAUUUUGUGCUGCUCCUAACAGGGCGCAGCAUGACUAAAGAUAAUGAUCCUAAACAGCCUGUGGAAGGGAUCAAAUCGGGACCAGGCGUCUGCGGCAGUAUGACGGGGGCCCUCGUUUCGGACAUAGGAGACGUAGAUCGGACUGCGUUAACGAUCACGCAUGAAUUAUCGCACGCGCUUGGAGCACAUCACGAUGGUGAAGGUACCGCAAGGUCGUGCCCAAACAGUGAAAGACACAUUAUGAACCCUUCUACCAAAGGCAUUGGAAGCACCUUUUCAUUUUGCAGCAAGAAAGCGAUCAAUGCCUUUUUGAAGACUGGUCAAGCUAAGUGCUUGUUUGUUAUAGAGCCAUGUCGACCAGCGGUAGACCCAGAAGUUAAAAAGAGAAGGAAAAGAAAGUGUGAUGAAUUAAAGCGAGAUGGCGAGUACACCUACGCAAGGCAGGGGGGUCGCUUCUGCGUGUAUAGCUGCCUGUUUGUAAACUCGACGACACAUGCUGCGACUAGGGAAAGCUGGCUAAGAGAAGAAGACGGGACCCCCUGCAAUGCCUCCAAUCCUGCACAGAAAUGCAAAGACGGUAUUUGCGUACAAGAGGAAUCCACAACCACGGAAGAUACAGUAGAUUACUAGGUUUCUUUCGGAAAAGUACGAAAAAUGGAGCGACUACGAACUGAUCGCAUUUUGGUACGGCUGAUGACAUUUACGAACGAGUACAUCGUCGCACUUGUGAUCACCCAUGUCACAGUACUUUCGGACUUCUUAAGGUUGCAUUAUCAGAAACCACUCUGUGUAAAACGUAAUUAAAUACAUAAGGCGAUGUAUUUAUUUCG